AUGGGUCUAGGAGUACUGGAUGUCAAGAACGAGCAUGUUCCUGGUACUUCCAAUAUCUACGAACAAGACGAUGAUCGGAGCGACCACACUGAUACCACAGGUCUGAAGCAUGACUGGACGACAAAGGAGCCCACGAUUCUUGUCCCACAGCCGAGUGACGACCCUAACGACCCGUUGAAUUGGCCACUAUGGAGACGCGACCUGAUCCUGGCGACCUUAUCUUUCGUGACAGUACUCUGCACCACGCUUAGCUCCAUUCUCGCCGCCAACACGGUCAAAAUCGCUGAUGUCCAACAAAUCACUUACGUGGAUGCAGCGUUGCUCACUGGAUACCAUCUUUGUGGUGUUGGCGUGGCCGGUAUCCUGAUUGUCCCUACGGCUCGAGUCUGGGGUAAACGCCAUCUAUUUCUGCUCGGACAUGUAUUGAUGAUCGCGAGUUGUAUUUGGGCUGGCGCCAGCGGUACCAAUCAUAAGAGCCUUUUAUGGGCACGAAUUUUCCAAGGAGUAGCUCUGGCCCCAUUCGAGGGACUGGUGAAUGCUUGUGUCGGAGAUCUUUACUUUGUCCAUGAACGAGGCAAGCGCAUGGCAGUGUCUAAUGUAGCUCUCUUCGGCGCUGCAUUCUUGACGCCCGUCAUUGUUGGAAAGAUGACAGUGACUAUCGGCUGGCAGUGGUCCUUCUACUUUGUUGCCAUCUUUUUGGCCGCCUCGCUGCCUCUGAUGAUCUUCUUCGUGCCCGAAACGGCAUACCGCCGGUCUGACGAUCUCAAUACCGAUUUCAAGCACAAACCUGGACACAGCGAAUCCACUGAUUCCCAUUUGGCGCUCCAUGAUCCCGUCAAUGAUGAAUCCAAGGCGUUUGUUCCAGAAACUGGUGCCGCACAUGGGGCGUCUCGAACAGAGGUGACUGCAACACCAAUUCCACAAGAGAAGGAUUCCUUCCUUAGGUCACUACGGAUUUUCACCGGACGCAAGACGGACGAAAAAUUCUGGAAGUUGCUACUUCGGCCUUUCCCCCUGUUCCUGCAUCCAGGUAUCCUUUGGGCUUGCCUGAUUCAAGGCGUAGUCAUUGGCUGGGCCGUCUUCAUUGGUGUCAUCCUCGCCCUUGUUUUCGAAGGUCCACCACUCUGGUUCCACGAGGACCAAACAGGUUACCUAUACAGUGGAGCCUUUAUAGGAUCCAUGAUCGGGUUGGUCCUUGCAGGUGUCUUGACCGAUUCCAUGACCAAGUUCAUGGUGAAGCUGAAUCGUGGUAAAUACGAGCCAGAGUUCCGCAUCCUACUGGUUGUCUUCCAGUUGGUCUUUGCCUGCAUGGGUCUCUAUGGCUUUGGAUGGACGGCUAGUAAUACUAUGAAGUAUCACUGGCUGCUGCCGGAUGUUUUCUUUGCGUUCGUUAUCAUUGGGAUGGUUAUGGGCGCAGUCGCUGCGUCUCUUUAUAUUGUCGAUGCCCAUCGUGAAAUUGCGAUCGAGGCGUUUACUUGUCUGCUUAUUUUCAAGAACAUGUUCAGCUUUGUCCUGACAUUCUUUGCCUAUGACUGGAUGGCCUACGGUGGUGUCAAGCACACCAUGAUCGUUCUCGGUAGCAUCCAAGCGGGCAUCUGCUGCUUGAGUAUUCCCAUGUACGUUUUCGGCAAAUGGAAUCGGUCUUUCUUCGCGCGCCAUGAUAUCCUCGAAAUGCUUCAUCUCUGGUAA